AUGGCUGAAGUUAGAACGCGGUCCCCCAACGACGUUGACGAUGUUGACGGAACUUUUGGUAAAUCGGAGUUCCUGGAUUACAUUGGUACUGUACUUCACAUGUCCGUCAGCACCUCCCACAAAAGUUUUCGUGUUUUCUGGAACGAGGAAGAUGAUGAAUCAGAUAGCCAUCAAACACUCUUUUCCCAGGUGGGUCCACCUUUACUUCGUCCUCCCAUUGUCAAGGACAAGAUCACAAUUGCGCUGCAGCAUGUAGAUCUCUUGUACAAUGGCGCGAUGCUAGCUCAGUUCUGGAUGCCGGUGAUGAUUGGGGGACGGCGAUUCCUGAAAUGCUCAGAUCAACCUUUUGGGUUGACUUACUUAAGGAAAGGGCUAUGUUCGUACAGAAAACUGUGUCUGAAGUGUUACUACUGUACGAAUAAUACCUGCAGCAGUAGUGAUGGUGGUGCUGAUUAUGUGGAUGUGGACUGGAAUGGCAGAGGAGUAAGAGAAAGCGUGCUUCUUACAGGUCCGCCUUCACGUGUCUUUCGUCGUGGACUGCCGGAAUAUAGCCCAAACGUGGAGUUCUCCGUGGACUCGGAAUAUCCUUUAAGGGAUGAGGCUAUGGGCCGUAAGAUAAGUGACUACAUGGCUGUGCCUGUGUUUGAUCCCAAUUCCGGAGAAUGUAUUGGCGUAAUUGAGCUGGUUUCAACUGCAGAGUCAAUAAGAGUGAGUCCAUCCACGCUCAAGAGGAAAUGCAGGAAAUUUGGCAUCCCAAGGUGGCCGCGCAAGGGAAACCAGGGCACUUGCUCUGCUACAAGCACUGAAUCCAACAAAAACCGCGAAAUACCUAAUGCAGAAUAUGGUCAGGAGGUCUCACAUCCUAAUGUGUCUUCUCAAGAAGGUACAACUUCCAGCAAGCACAAUUCCUCACAAGCUGCAACAAUAGCGAAGGAUAGCUUCAUGAUGAUAAAAGCUGCAUAUGGAGAGAUAAAAAAGAUUAAGUUUCAACUUCGAUUUUCGUCACGGUUGGUAGAUAUGGAGAUGGAAGCAGCAUCAAGGCUCAAGUUAAAAGUUGGAGAUUUCAAGUUUUGGUAUUUGGAUGAAGAUGAUGACUGGAUAUUGAUAACCUGCGAUGCAGACUUGAGGACUAUGGAAUCAAUGGGUAAGAAUACAAUCAAAGUGUCUAUCACUCACAGUGAUGAUGCUCCAUCCUAAACAAAAAGGGAAAAAGAAACACACUACUACCAAGGAACGAUGAAUGUUUUCACCAAAAAGGAAAUGUCCAUGGCCCCAUUCUUUUACAUUUGCUACGUUUUGCGUUAUUCAAUUAGUGAUUGAAGCCUUGAGAUUAGAUCCGUAAAAGUGUAUUUGUAAUUAUUUUUACUGCCUUAUCAUAACAGGGCAACUACACUGGCACCAGCUAGUGCCCA